CAGCGGCGGGAGCGCUGAGGCGGUUCCGCGGGCCCGGCCGUUCCCCUCCUCUCGCCCCAAAUUUCUCUUUAUAAACAGAAAAUCGAGGGAAGACCCUGAAAUCAGGACACGGCAACACACCCAGGGAAGCUGUUUUACUGGCUAAAAGGAAAAAGAAGGGUACAGGUCCCUGCAGGAUUCUCCUCUCCACAGACUUCUCCAGGCACACUGCAACCCCGCCGGAUCAGGGAUCCGCUCCCACAGCCCAGCGGGUGUUCCAAAAGCAGCACAAGGGACCGGAGGCUUUGUCUCAGCUUCACCUGAGUUUGUUUUGCACACAGAACAUAUUCCAUCUGGAGACUGUUUGGGGAAGGAAAAACAGCCCAGGCUUGGCUCCAGGGUGGGUUUUGCAGGACAAUCCACGUACCCUUGCUGCUGCGUUCAGAGCAGUGAGUCUCAGGCGCUUCUGUAAAUCUGGCUUGAAAUCAGAAAACGGAAAAUUAAAACAGUGAGCCUGACUCACUGCUGCUCAACUCAAUUUUAAUCCCCUGGAAGAUGGGAGCUCUCUCCGGGAUGAUGCAGUACAUGGUGGAAUAGGAUUAAAAACUGCCCACGCAGUCCAGAUGCUGGGCCUGGAUCCUGCCCCCCACAAAUGCCGUUACUUCGGCCUCUCCGGAUUGCACAAGACUGUGUCCCCAGCAAUAAAGUGCUAAAGGAAGGGGAAGCCUGGAGCCUGCUCUCUCAAGGACCUGAAUUUCAUCUGCUUUAAGUGGUCACAGCGGUGAUGUUGCCUGAUGUUGAUGGUGAUCGUAGCAACGUGCGUGUGGUGGUGCAAGAGCCUCAGGUUUGCUGUGAGGUGUCAUUUGCAGUUUGGGAGGCCGGGGAGGGAGCGCAGCCCUUCAUGGGCAGCGGCGUCACCAGCAGCACAGGGGAACUAUAUUUACCAUCCAAGUGCGGUCAAACAGUUUCCUCUCAGCAGGGCGGUGUCUUGCGUUCCACACACCACACUGAACAGCUCGGAUGAAUUUUAGUCUGUUAGGCUAAGAGCAGUGAGGGAAAAAAGAAAAAUGAAAAAAUAAAAACAAGCUGAUUUUCACAUCAGAGAAGCACGAAGCAUUUUGGAGCCCACACUCCUGUUACUGAUGAGUAACAGAGAACAAACAGCACAUAAAGAUUCACCAGAUCUGUCCGUCCAUCUCCCGACAGACACACGAUCCCUUUAGCGCAGCACAGUCUUGGUUUAAUUAAGUUUUCAAAUCCCAGGCAAAAGGAUCCCCCUUUGCCCUAACCAGGCUAUUUGCACAUUUGCUUUGCUUUCUGUUCCCUCCUCCGGUUCCUGCUCCCCCCCAGCUGGGCCUCCAGGCUUUCUCUUUCCUCUUUCUUCCCCGCUCUGCAGCAAGCCAGAUUCCCUGCCUCCCCCACCUGGCUCCCUGGGGAAGAGGGCUGGGAAGCAAAACAAAAGAAUCACUCACUGGGAAACCGUAAUUUGCUCAGCCCUCCUCCCUCCAAAGGGCUCUGCGGAGUCAGGCCCUCAGAGCAGGAAAAGCCGGAGGGUGGGAGCGAAGGCUUUGAAGCCAAACCAAAAACCUUUGAUGGCUCCCGGUGUGCUGGGAGGGAGGCCCCGGGGCAACCGAACCCCGGUCAGCUGGGUUUGCUGGUUCCUUCCCUGGUAAACUGGGAUCAUCCUCCGCUCUACGCUGCUCAGGGCUCUGCAGGGAUGAAUCUCCAGCAGCUACAAACACCCUGAUAGUGCUGUUUGUACAAUUUCUCCUUGUGAAAUUAGCAACGUUCCCAUACUAGUUAGAAAUAUGAACUAGUAUGUGUGUGGCUGUGGUAUAAGCUGUGCAAUCAACACAUUUUUGUAUUUCCUUUAGAAAUACUGCAAACCAUGGAAAUAACCCCUGUGAGCAUGUUAGUGCCACUAAGUCUUUGCACCGGACGCUUCUCCAAGACGGAUGGUAACUUCAGCGCAGCCUGUCCUCACAGAACGCCUCUCAAGCAGAUGGUACAAAGUCACAUCCAGAGUUAUUUGGACUUCUUCUGAAUCCUUGGGUGGAAAGAAAUAACCCAGAGGAAGAGCGUGGCCAUGGCAAUGUGCUUUGGCCCAUUUACCGACCCCACGUCAGUGUCUCUCGCCUGCCUGCAGUCACUCGGAUUAACACAAUAUUAGUUCUUUGGGUGGAGAUGCCAGUAACUGCAGUCAAUGAAAACCCAUUAUAUUACUCAAAAAGUUCAAGGAUGAAUUAGACCAGAUGUUUUGGAUAUGACUUUGGCCAGUGCUUAUUAGUCCUUGAAGAUGUAACUAAGAAACCCUGGUUCCACAGACAGAUAAUUCAGUGUAGCUGCAGAGUAACUGCUACCCUGGAAACCAAGACGCGAAGCGCACCCCUGUUUUACCAACAUUUAACAAAUGUCAUCUUUAAUUGGUGAUACACUUUGUUCUCUUUAAUGAGUGACACUCUCCUGAACAAUUGGAACUCACGUAAUGAAACCAGGAACGCUGCUUUGAUUGCUCUGAAAUAGCGGGGCUCAAAAUUAACUGUCAGGACGAACAGAAUAAAAAGCAAUUUGAUGUCCAUAGAAGCUGCGAGAACAGAGGAGGUCAAGUGAGUGCUGCUAACAGGGCCUGUCUGUUCGGACAACGUGUCCGCACUCACCUAGACAGGGUUUAACAACGUGUUUGUAUUCACCUAAACUGGGUUUAACAGGAAGGCACAGCUGUGUCUAUGUGGAAGGAAUCAGUAGCUUCUGAUAAUGCCAAGAAAACGAUCUUUUCAAUCUUUCCAGGGAAUUUUUCUUCAGAGAUGACACAUACAUUCACUUUCUGGCACUUUGAGAAAUAGGAACUGCUCCUCUGAAGCAGGCCAGUGUUUCAGCUCACAGUCCAGCCACAUCCUGACUAUCCAAAUUCUAUUGAAAUUACCUGGUCAGAGACCAUGAAGUGAGUGUGAAACCUCGCACGGCAUCAACUCAAAGGGUUUUAAAGCAUAUCAGAGUUUGGCUUUUUGCCGAGCUACUACUCGCAUUUUUAUUGUUUAGUCAGUGAUAAGUCUUCUCCGUAUCUCCCCAGUUUCCAAGAUUUACAGCAAGUCUGUUUACUGUCCAAUCAAUGGAUUUAACUAAACAUUAAAACUUACCAGCUCCUCAGUUGCAUUUUCUGUAUCUGUUCCAUUUUGCUGGGUGUGUGAUAACUGGCGUUACAGAGCUCAUCGGUGGUGCUGAUUUAGACUUCCCAUCCAACAUCAGCAUCCCACCCGCGGGUCCACGCAAACAGCAAAGGAGCGAGAUCUCUUUUGCACACCAGAGGCAUUUUUCUAGAUUAACCCUGGUUGGAAUAUUGCUUUUGCAUCAUCUUUGGACACUCUGUGUCAGAAUAAAAAGUUCUGACAAAACAGGAGAGCAAAGCUAUAAUGUACUGUCCACAAAUUGUGAUAUUUUCCUUAGUCACAGUUGAACGGAACAUUUUAGAAUCCAUCUUUUAUUAUCACUGGAAACAGGGAGCUGUCGCAUCUCACUGACAUGAGAGGAAAGGUCUUAGUCACAAAGUGCCGGAGAGAUCAGCUCUAUUGUUUCUGCAGUUCUGGGCAGGUAUAAAAGGAGGUGACAGGCACUCGGCGUCACUGCGACUGGAACCUCAUGACAAGACUGGCAAGGAGACCCAUCUGUGCAGCUCAAAGCUCCACCGGGAUCUCCGCGAGAUCAUCGGUGAAAGAAAAAACACAAGAAAAAAAGACGUUUGAUCACACUGUCAGCUUCUUGUCCUGCGGAGCAGAUCUGAAGAAGAGAGAACAUGUUCCUGCCCCAGAGAUCUCUGCAGAUGGUUACGUUUUUGGCAAUGCUUUUUUUUGCCUGUUUUGCAACAUGUAAAGACACUGACAAUAAACGAGCCGUGACGGAGCACCAGUUCAUGCACGACAAAGCGAGAGCAUUCCAAGGGCUGAAGCGCCUGAUGUGGCUCCACAACGCCCUGGGCAGUGUGCACACCGCCAGCAGCCGGGAUAUUUCGCUUUCAGACGCCAUGUGGGAUGCGCAGAAGAGCCCAGAUCCCUCCACUCUCUACAACAGCGUCAGCAGAGACGAGACUUCAAGCUUGAUGAAGCAGCUGCUGGAAUUGACGGAGAAAGAGCGGGGCUUCCCCCUGCUAAAGCAGCUGGGUUUGCUGCAGGAUGUGAAGAUGCCAAAGGGUAAUUGGAGCCCACAAGACCUUUUCGACCUCCUUCAAAUCAAAGAGCUGGGCAGCGAGAGCAAUCCCAGCAGCCAGGCACAGGACUUUUCCCAGUAGCCGCAAUCCAGCUCAGUCCGUCCGUUGCUUUAGCCAUGUGUUGUUGUAAAGCAAAGCUCUAGAGCAAAGGUGAACCGCAAAAGCAAUGUCCAUUUGUUGCACUAGUUACUCCUAGAUGUUAAAUAGGGACCCGUUAAAGAGAGACAGAUUCUCUUCUGCUUCACGCCUGCCUGCAGUUCUGCCCCGUUCUGCAGUAGUAAUAAUUUUCCUGUCUGUUUUCUUCCUGCUUCUCCAGCACACUGAAUGGUUUAAGUCCCUUGACUCUCAGGUUUUCCUUCAGGGUGGCAAACCCUUGCCAGGCCACAGAGGUAGAAAUUGGCAGCGAUCCCCACCCCUCCCAACCAAAACCUGAGACAUUCACCUUGUUCUGCUGGUGGAAGAGAUGAGAAUGAGCCCCUUUUUUUCCCAAGACUUCCUACCUUUUCCGUGUUGAUGCGAGAUCCUCUCCAAGAGCUCCCACAGUGCAGUUUUCUCAGCAGAAAACCAGUUUCCCAAGGCCGUCUGUGUUUCCUGAAAGAGGCAGCAUGUGAUUUUGCUAUUCACCUUUAAUAUCAAACUCACCAGCUCUUGUGUAAGCAAAGCAAGGUUCAUUUUAAUUGCAAAAAUCAGUCUUUCAGAAAUAAAAUCUGUGUCACGCGCGUUACACAUAUAUCAGUAUUUCCAUCAUGUAGGGGACUGUACACGUUUUAAAUCCUGAAAUCCCUUUGAUGCUGACAGACCUCAACUGAAUCUGCAGAAAGUAUUUCUUGGUGAUAAACCCCCAAAACUCCUCCAUGUUGUUAAUAAUAAAACACCUUUUUCACCCUCUGUAAAUAAAAUGAAGCAAAAUCU